ACUGCGCGAAGAAGAUUAAACCAAAUUUUCUAACUUGGUUUCCUGUCAGAUGAAUAGUUAAAAGUUGCAUUUCGAGAAAUGCAGACGUGAAGAAGGUAUUAUAGUGAUAGGCGAGUCCUGUUUUCAACGCGUACUUGACUGUUCGAUAGAAAGUGACACAUAACGUUUCCUCUUAAAUGCAUGAUCGAUAAAGAAAAAAUCGAGCAGAUGCAAAAUGGACGUGCAGAGAAAUAUAUUGGAAGGAUUCAGAGCACAUCCAGUGAUUAAAUCGCUUCUGUCGAUAUUAAUGCCUGUGGUGCUAUACGUUAUAUAUUCGAUCGAUAAUUACGCUGUGACGAAUAUUCCUUCCAAAUCGUUACUGCCAUCUUAUGAUUUCAUAAUUAUCGGCAGUGGUUCUGCAGGGGCUGUGAUAGCGAAUCGCUUGUCCGAGAUAAAUAACUGGAACGUACUCCUCCUGGAAGCAGGUGGCGAUGCGACAGAUAUUUAUGACAUUCCUAUCCUCGUUUCCAGUCUGCAAUUCACCAGUAUCGACUGGCAAUACAAAACGGAACGCAGUAACAAUUACUGUCGAGGCUUGCAAAAUGGCCGCAGCAACUGGCCACGCGGCAAAGUUCUCGGUGGUAGCAGCGUGCUGAACUACAUGCUCUACGUCCGCGGUAACAAGAGAGACUACGACACUUGGGAGAAAUUGGGCAACCCAGGCUGGUCUUACGAGGAUGUUCUGCCUUACUUCAAAAAAUCCGAGGACAAUCGAAAUCGUUCCUACACCGAGACGAGGUACCAUUCGACCGGUGGAUAUCUAACCGUCCAAGAAUCGCCGUUCCAAACACCUCUGGCCAAUGCGUUCGUGAAAAGUGGCCAAGAGAUGGGUUACGAGGCUAGAAACAUCAACGGAGAACACCAAACAGGUUUCAUGGUCCCUCAGGGAACCAUUAGACACGGCAGUCGGUGUUCGACGGCCAAGGCCUUCCUACGACCAGCCAAGUCGCGCAAGAAUCUACACGUCGCCUUGGAGGCGCACGUUACAAAAAUAUUGAUAGAUCCGUCGUCGAAGAGAGCCUACGGCGUAGAGUUUGUCAGAAACGGGAAAAAGUUGCGCGUUCUCGCGAAGAAGGAGGUGAUCGUGUCGGCGGGCGCUGUGAACAGCCCUCAGCUGCUGAUGCUGUCCGGAGUCGGACCUAGAGAACACUUGUCGCAACACGGGAUACCAGUGAUCCAGGACUUGAAAGUGGGCCACAAUCUUCAAGAUCAUAUAGGCGUCGCAGGGCUAACGUUCAUACUGAACGAAGAUAUUUCAUACAGUGAGAGGAAGUAUAACAACUUUCUUGCAAUUUUGAAGUACUUUCUAUUCGGAAAUGGUCCACUGACUACGCUCGCAGCUGUGGAAACUCUGGCUUUCAUCAACACCAAAUACGCGAAUGCAUCUGAUGAUUUCCCGGACAUAGGACUACAUCUCACCGCGGCGUCACUGAGCUCUGACGGUGGUAGAAAUAUAAGGAAAAUUCAAGGAGUAACAAAAGAAUGCUAUGAGGCGAUGUUUAGUGAGUUGGACAAGGUCAGCACGUGGUCCGCGUAUCACAUGCUUUUAAGACCAAAAAGUAGGGGUGUUAUCAAGCUUCGAAGUGAUGAUCCCUUUGAUUAUCCGUUGAUAUAUCCAAAUUACUUGGAUCAUCCGCUCGACGUAGCGACACUGGUCGAAGGGAUCAAAUUUGUCGUCGAAUUGAGCAAAACUGCCUCGCUGAAGCGUUACGGAAGCAGAAUCAAUCCGAAACCGUUUCCUGGUUGUGAGAAUAUUCCAGUAUUGACUGACGAAUACUGGGAGUGCGUUAUUAGACAUUACACGGCGACUAUCUAUCAUCCGUCUGGUACUUGCAAGAUGGGACCUUCCUCGGAUCCAGAGGCCGUGGUGGAUCCUCAGCUUCGAGUUUACGGAGUGAAAGGACUUCGAGUUAUCGAUGCGUCUAUUAUGCCAAAUAUAGUCAGCGGUAACACGAACGCGGCGGUUAUUAUGAUCGGAGAGAAGGGUUCGGAUAUGAUCAAAAAGUUUUGGCUGAGAAGGAGAGGUCGACGAUAAGUGUACGUCUCAUUUUAUUGAAUUAUUUUGUGGCGAUUAUUAAUAGUUUAGCUUAAAAGGCAGACUGAUGCAUUUUUCAAUAGAGGAGAUAAAAGAACGAUUACUGGCACAGUGAUGGAGAUGUAUUUCAAAAAUAAAAAUCGUAAGUAUCUCUGGACAUUUUCUGAACGAGAAUAUCAACAGUCAAGUGUUGCUUCUGAGGAUUGUCUUCGUAUGUUUUUGGAAAAAAAGAAUAAAAUUCGUUUCUUCGAAGGAAGAGACGAAAAGAUAGCGACGAUAAAGAUAGCCUCGUCUCUCGUUCCUCUACAAAUUUCCCAACACUUUUUAUGUAUAAUACUGUUUGUAUUGUAAGUAUCUCCGUUAUCCUAAUUAAUUUCAAUUGAUUUUUCUUCGUUGGUUAAAAUGAACCACAAUUGCACAAUUUCGUCGUCAAAAUGACAAUGAAAUUUUAUGAAAUAUUGUUUUUUCCAUUCUUAAUAACACACUUCGGUUAUAGAAAUGAUAUAAUUUACACAGACUUGAAAAACAAUAUUAUCCUAUUUAUAAAUCAUGUUUCACGUCAGAUAUUUCAAUUUGUUGAAGAAUUCUUAAUUUCCUGUUUCAUUGUUAAAAGUGAGCCAUUUACUAUAUGUUUAAUUGCAAAAUAAGAACACUGUCCUAACAAAGAAACCAUGCAUGAGCUAAUCUUUAAGAAUUUUAAGAACUUUAAAUUCUCCAAGAGAAACGAUAAUUGAAAGUCAAGGUCAAGAUCAAUUUUGCAGUACUUGUCUAACAACUUGGUGAUCUUGACUAUACAGUUGGUGACGAAGUGGAGAAAUUCUUAAUACAAGUCAAUACACAAUUUUACAUAUUAUAAAUUAUUAUCAUUUUAAUAAUAAUUGAGCGUUAUUUGUCUCCUGUGUUUUGCUUCGAUUUACUUUCACCUCUAACUGCUAAACGUCUCGCGUAUGAAUGAAACGCGCGAGGAAAGAGAGACAAGAGUGCAAGUAUGAAUUGUGCGAGAAUUUAUCGUGUGUGUAAAGUGAGACCGAGGUGAAAAAAUAAAUUGUCACAUUUUUAAAUCGUGACUCUUUUAGCAGUGAAUCUUCACGGCUGACGUUAAUGUAUAAUAAGUUCAAUUGCUUAUUCAGACAAGUAAGCAGGUCACAGGUUUCUGAAAGUUGCUGAAUGAAUAAUGCUUCGCUAAUUAUGAAUGAAAGAGGAAGAGAAAGGAGAGUAUAUUACCUUUUGUGGAACUCAACGACAAUUGACAUCAAUUUGUUGGUGAUAUUAAUGUUAUUUAUGUACAAUCGUGUACAAUUUGCAUAUAUCUGUAUUUAUCCUGCAGUUAAUUUCGAAUUAAUUCCCAAUCAACUGAACGAUAAUUAUUAGAACAAGGUGCAAAACGUCACGACGGCAGCCAUUCGCUCCGAAAUCUUCAACCACUUGCGCUGUGGCAACUGACUGCGGACCGUAACGAGUGACCGAACCGUUGCGGACGAUUUAAAGAUUUGUGUAUCACCUGUGAAUUUAGCUAAUUACUGACCGAGUAGCA